UGUCGUCAGCUACAGCGCUGGGAUCAGCGCGUGCGGGAAGAGCGAACAGUGGCACCUGGCGUUGGCGUUGCUUUGCGAGAUCGGGGAGACGAAGCUGGAGCCCAACGUCAUCAGUUUUAGCGCUGGGAUCAGCGCGUGCGAGAAGGGCGAGCAGUGGCAGCCGGCUCUGGCGCUUCUCAGCGAGAUGUGGGAGACGAAGCUGGCGCCCGACUCAGCUACAAUGCUGGGAUCAGCGCGUGCGAGAAGGGCGAGCAGUGGCCGCGUGGGCCCGGGAACAUCCUGGCGGAGUACUGGCGCCCAGUCACAGUGGAGCACCGGGGCGCCCCGCUCACAGCCCGACGCUACAGCGCUGGGAUCAGCGCGUUCGAGAAGGGCGAGCAGUGGCAGCCAGUUCUGGCGCUGCUGAGCGAGAUGCGGGAGGCGAAGCUGGAGCCCAACGUCACUUCAGCUACAGCGCUGGGAUCAGCGCGUGCGAGAAGGGCGAGCAGUGGCAGUCGGCGCUGGCACUGCUGAGCGAGAUGCGCGAUGCGAAGCUGGAGCCCGACGUCAUCAGCUUCA